AUGCCUGAGAGAGUCAUUGUUGUUGGCGCUGGCCUGUCCGGCUUGAGCGCUGCUCACACCAUCUACCUCGCUGGUGGAAAUGUUGUUCUCCUCGACAAGAACAACUUCAUGGGAGGCAACUCUACGAAGGCCACAUCGGGAAUCAACGGUGCUCUUACAAGGACGCAAGUCGACGAGAAGAUCGGCGACAGCGUCAAGCAGUUCUACGAUGACACACUCAAGUCUGCGCGAGACAAGGCGCGGCCAGACCUGAUCAAGGUCCUGACCUACAAGUCCGCUGCUGCCGUCGAGUGGCUGAUGGACGUCUUCAACCUAGACCUCACUCUCGUCUCGCGAUUGGGCGGUCACUCCCAACCCCGUACCCACCGUGGCCACGAUGCCAAAUUCCCCGGUAUGGCCAUCACAUACGCUCUGAUGCAACGAUUCGAGGAGUUGGCCGAACAGGAGCCAGAGCGCGUCCAGCUCGUCAAGAAGGCCAAGGUCUCCAAGAUCAACACAGAGGGCAACCGUGCCACCGGUGUCACAUACUCAUUCGGCGGCGAGGAGACGACACUCGAGGGACCCGUCAUUCUGGCGACUGGUGGUUACGCCGCCGACUUCACAGAGGACUCUCUUCUGAAGAAGUGGAGGCCAGACACCUACGACCUCUCCACCACCAACGGUGCUCACGCUACCGGUGACGGACACAAGAUGCUGAUGAAGAUUGGUGCCAACGGCAUCGACAUGGACAAGGUCCAAGUGCACCCUACCGGUCUUGUCGACCCCAAGGACCCUACAGCGAAGACCAAGUUCUUGGCCGCCGAAGCUCUCCGUGGUGAGGGUGGUAUCCUUCUCAACAACAAGGGCAAGCGCUUCUGCGACGACCUCGGUCACCGCGACUACGUCUCCGGCAUGAUGUGGACUGAGAAGGAGAAGGGCAACUGGCCCAUUCGCCUCGUCCUCAACUCCAAGGCAUCCAACGUCCUCGACUUCCACACAAGACAUUACUCCGGCCGUGGCCUGAUGAAGAAGAUGACUGGUGCGGAGCUCGCCAAGGAGAUUGGUGUCAGCGACAAGGACCUCCAGGCCGAGUUCCAAAGCUACAACGCCAUUGCUAAGGGCGAGAAGAAGGAUGAGUGGAACAAGAAGUACUUCCACAACCUGCCCUUCGACAUCAACGACACCUUCCACGUUGCGCAGAUGGAGCCUGUUCUCCAUUUCACCAUGGGUGGUAUCGAGAUCAACGACCAAGCACAGUGCUUGAACUCCGACGGCAAGCCGUUCGACGGUCUGUACGUCUGCGGUGAGCUUGCUGGUGGUGUCCACGGUGCCAACCGUCUCGGUGGUUCAUCACUUCUUGGCUGUGUCGUCUACGGUCGUGUAGCAGGAGAGUCUGCUUCCAAGUACCUUUUCCAACAAGCGCUUAACAAGUCUGGUGGUGCCGCUGUCAACCGUCUCGGUCAGAUCUCGCUGCACAUCGACCCAUCGCAACCGGGCAAGGUCUCCGUCGAGUGGGGCAACGGUGUCAGCGGAAACGCUCAAGCCAGCUCUUCAUCAGACCCCGUUGAGCAACAAAAGCAGCUGUCUUCCGCACCUGUCAUGUCGUCAAACGGCGACUCCAACGACCCAGGAAAGGUUUCCAAGCCUAACGCACCCAAGAAGUUCAGCAUUCCAGACAAGGAGUUCUCGCUCGAGGAGGUUGCAAAGCACAACAAGAAGGAUGAUUUAUGGAUUGCAGUAAAGGGCAUUGUCAUGGAUGUCACCAACUGGACAGAUGAGCACCCAGGAGGUCCUCAGGCGCUCUUCAGCCACAUGGGCAAGGACGCGUCAGAGGAAUUUGAGAUGCUUCACGACGAUGAGGUUAUCCCCAAGUACGCCCCCGAGAUCGUUAUCGGUCGGGUCAAGGGUCAAGAGGUGACACUUGAGUACUAA